UUACAAAUGUGCAUGCCGCACCACUCUGUGAUAUCUGUGGCGUUUUUGUGCUACAAUUGAUCUGCAUAUGCGGUAGACAAAAAAUGUAAUGAUUUGUGUAAACAGUUGGCACCACAAGCCAUUCGACAAAAUCCGUGUUUGACCAUUGUGCCAGUCGAAAUGUUACCACAAUACGAGCGGCUCGUGGAUCCCGAUGUGGUGGGUGAUACUGGUACCGGUAGCGGUCUGCGGAAAAGCACAUUUCGUAUCCGCUUCGGUAAACUGGCCGUUGCGACGGUUAUGCUACCGGUUGCGGGGUUUCUUUUCUGCGUCAUCUGGUCACUGCUGUACAAUUUCGAGCAAGCGAAUGCGACGCACUGCCUAGUGUACAAUUUCCUGCCCUCGCUAUCGGCUGCGAUCGGCAAUUACCAGCCACAACGAUUCGUUUGGCAGUUUUCGGUGCUUUUUCACGCUCCCUUCCGGUACGCGAUCGCAUUCCUAUACAAAAACCAUCAUCUAACGCUACUGUCUCGGAAGCAUCGCAAGGAAUGGGCCUAUCUGGCGUGUAUUCUAAACAUCAUCGAGUUAAGCUCGCUGGUAGGUUUGAGCUUGUGGACCUCCAGCAACAACUAUGAAAUUCAUAAAUUUUGUUUCAGUGCCUUUGUGAUAUGUUCCAUAGUUUACAUGCAUCUGGUGGUGCUCAUCAAUCGGCUUACGCGUGCCGACGAGAUGCUGACGCUGGCGGAGCGAAAAUCCUUACGCUUUAAGCGCCGACUGCUGGUGGUGAAUGUGGCUUCCAUUCUGUUCGCGGUGUACUUUUUCGUGCGCCACAAUAGUCAUUGCGAACCGGGUAUCUAUUCGCUGUUUGCGUUGAGCGAGUACGUGUUCGUGUACUCCAACAUCGGCUUCCACAUGACGGCCUACUGGGACUUUAUCAAAGCAAACGUGUACUUCCACUGGCGCACCGGCAUCCACUUCAGUUCCGUUUAAAGAUGGACACGUCAUCGAACAGUGUGUGUGUGAUCUCCGUGCUUUCGUAGGUACGCCGGUUGCUGGAGCCUAACAUAUAUGAUCUUAUAAGAUAAGAUAGCAGCAAUACGCUUGUACAUAUAAAUCCGCUCCAUAAGUUACGCUUUUACGUAGAAUUGUUCGCUUUUAUUUUUGCUUAACGAUUUUCGGGUUUGCUUACUUUUGUAAGGACCGGAAAACAUAACGGACCAGCGUGUCGGACACCGUAAAACAAUGUACAUAUGUUUAAAAACGUUCGUAAAAUAAAUUGCAUCAACACAAUAGUUGGAAUAUGAUUCCGCAAUAAAAUAAUAACAAAACAUUAACAAUUAUA